AUGGCCGAUUUUAUAUUAAUAAAUUUACGUUCACUUACACAACAAAUAAAAGAUCGAUGUGGAAUAAAUAAGUCUCGACGAACAUUUUUCAUAUUUAUUCUUACUGCAACAAUUAUUUUUUAUCUUCUAUCCAAAUGGACACCUCAUCGAUCACAAUACAAGAAUAUUCUGUAUGAUGCAUGUAUUCAAGCAAGAUUAGAAGAAUUUUCCAAUGAUGCGACGGAUAUGAAUGCUAUUCUUAAUCAUGAACCCAUUCAGUAUGGAGAAAUUGUUAGUCUACCAUUUACAGGCAAUGGUUACAUUGGUCUAUCCCUUUCAAUUCAAUCUCAUAUUCAAUUAAUACCUGAUGCUCGCAAUUCAUUUAUAUCUAGUGGUUAUUCUCCUGUUAUUCAAACUUCAUCAAAUAUUUGGGAAGUUUCAAGUGCAAACAUUAUUCAAAUGAAUCAUGGUGUUGUGAGACGUACUCAAUGUUUUAAAAUAAAUGCAGAACGUUCAGCAUAUGUUACACAUCUGUUAUAUGCACAUCGUCGUCGUUCAUCAUUAAUAAUUCAAGAAAUUGAUAUUGUAAAUCCAAGUGAACAAACACUUGAUCUUGAUUUUCAACAGGAAAAAUCUCCCGUAGAUAAUAAUAUAAAACAACUUGAUAAACAAGAUAUUGAAUUUGAUUCAUCAAAAGAUAAAUUUAUGAUGAUAACAAAUCAAAUACCACUUCGACAACAUAAUUCAAUGAUAGUAGUUAUUAUUACAAAGAAAAUAGUAUCUAAAAGUCAUAUUAAACCUGAUGGUCAAGAUAAACAAGUCAUUUUAACUGUGACAAAAUAUUCUCAAAUACUUACUGAUGAUUUAUUAUCAAAUACAACUUAUUUUAAACAAUUGCAAAAUACAUUACAAAAACAAGCAAAAGAUGAAUUAUAUGAAGCAUUAGCAAUAUCUCCAAAAAUCUUAUUAAAAGAACAUAUCGAUACAUGGUCAUUAAUAUGGCAAAGUGGAUUUUCAAUAAGUCGUUCAUUAGCACCGUCAGUUAUGAAUGGUGAUGUGAUAAAUCGAACAAUUUAUUAUGUUUUAUGUUCAACACCUUCACCACUCUAUGAUUUAAAUUUAGAAGAAACACAAAGAAAUAAAUUUAAUCAAAGUCUUUUUCAAAUUGAUCAAUGUUAUGAAAGUCAUUCAACAUUACUUGGUGAUCGAUUAUGGCGUGCACCAGGUGAUGAUUUAGCUGUAUCUCAAUUAUCACUUCUUUGGCGUUCAACAUUAUCUAAAAAAGGUUGUACUACCUUAAUGAAAAGUGGUGUUAAUGGUAUGCUUCAAUCAAUGUUAAUUUCAAUUGGUGGUAUACGUUUUCGUAAUCAUCAUCUUGAAAUGAUUUUAGAUCCCAAAGAACUUCAUCGUGAUAUGUUUUUUCGUUCAAUACAUUUUGGUAAACACUAUCAUGUAAAUAUAAGUAUUACUGUUGCACAUGAUAAUCGUGCUGUUAUUGAUGUAUCAAUUGAUAAUGAAAAUGCUCAGGCAUAUGCAUGUGAUGCCGGUUGUUUAGAUUCAUAUACAAAACUUAGUACGAAACCUAUUCGAUUUCCUGUUAAAAUGACAAAUCCACCAACUGCUAUUCUUUAUAUAACUGAAGAUUUAGAAUAUAUGACGCAAUUAAAAGAUACAUUACAUGUUAAAGAAGUUGAUAUAGCACCUCCACAUGCACAUGAUGUACUUGCUUUACAUCGACAUGGUCAUAAACUUGGUGGUUUACCAGUUAUAUUUUGGAUAGCAUUAGCAUUUUUAAUAGUUAUUUUUCAUUUAUUUUUAUUAAAAAUUGUCCUCAAUGAAAUGGGAUUUUUUAAAUAUUCAUCAUCAACACAUACAAGAGCACGUAUCCUAUAA